CGGUAUUGAAAACGGUUCCUCUUAACUUUGUCGCAGCAGUAAUUACCAAAAUAGGCCAUACCAAGGGUUAAAGACUAUUAAUCGAUGUUACGCGGGAACCUCACUGGGUGGAUGGCCACUCUCCGGUACUUAUUUUCCAAAGCGGCGUGAAAGUGAACGUGUCCAAUCAGAGCAGAAGGGUCCAGGAAGGAAGUUUCACCCAUUCAGUUGUUGCAAUAACAUGAAAAGAACUUCCUUAAAAUCCAGCUCGUGUGUUUCCUUGUACAAAUGCUCUUUUGUUAGAUCUGCUAAGCGAUUCAGAGACAAAAACAAGAGUUUAAGAUGGGAUACAUGAAAGUAGAGGAGCACAGCUUCAACCUGCUCCACCUGAAAAGAUCCCCGGGGAUUCGUUCCUGGUCUCUUCUUGUUGGUAUAGCAUCUGUUGGAUUGGCAGCUGCGUACUACAGCUCAGACAGCAUCUUGUGGAAGCUCUUCUACGUGACUGGAUGUCUGUUCGUUGCCAUGCAGAACAUGGAAGAAUGGGAGGAAGCAGUGUUUGACAAGACCAAGAACCUAAUUGAGCUCAAGAGCUUCAGCUUGUACACUUUAAUCCUGACCCUAUGGAGUAAGGGUCAAGAAAAAGUUGUGUUGGAUCUGACACAGCUGUGUGACAUCUGCGUCCAGGAAGAGAAGGUUCGCUAUUUAGGGAAGGGCUACCUGCUGAUGCUGCGGCUGGCUGCAGGUUUCUCAUACCCCCUGACUCAGAGUGCCACAUUGGGCGGACGCGGUGAUGUGGAGGCUUUGGCCGCACUGCUGAAGCGCUUUCUGGGUCUGGAUGAGCUGCAGCAACGCAGGCAGAAGGAGGAAGAAGCAGAGUAUGGAGACGAGGAAGAAGAGGAAGACUCUUUGGACAAUGGUAGUGAUUCAGAUGAUGAAGAAGAUGAGCUUUGAGGCUGUGACUGUCCGUUACUUGCAACCUUCUUGUGAAUUGGGUGGUUUGAACUAAGGGGCAUCAUGAUAUCGCUAAGGCAUUACGAGAAGUGCAGUUUGAUUUACAUGUUGUCUCCUUAUAGGGGUCCUUCCUUGUAUGUUGUACUUAUAUGCCAGGUGGGGGUCCUGAAAGCUGGGGGAGACUAGUAAACAUUUCUUAUUUAAUUCCCAUGUAGACUGGGAUGCAGAAAUUAUCAGAUUAAAGAUUAUGUCAUGAAAAUGUUUUAUAGUUUUAAAACUUCAAAAAGUUCCAGGAAAUAUGGAAAAAGAGACUUUUCCUUUCACUGUACCACACAUACAUGUCAUGCCUUUUUGAGCUAAUUACUAUUUGAGAUGCACUCCAGAUUGGAUUUACUGUGCCUUCCUACUGAAUUCUAAUAAGUAUUUAUGUGUGCAAGUCAGUGGUUGGAAGUAUUUUUCCCACAGUUCUCUAUACCACCCUGUUGAUAAUCACCUUUUGCAUGUUUGUUCACAACCAGUAUGCAAUCCAGACGAAUGCAUGUGCAAACUGUAAUCAAGCAAGAAGGAUUUUCAAGGCUUAAUUAACAGUAAAUAAUGUAUGAAAUGUUUUGAACUAUUCCCUCUUUUGACAUUGAUGUACUUUUUGGGAACCAAAGGAAAAUCUCAGGCAAACACUUUCGUAAAAUGUUUUUUAUUUCUGUGUAUGGAAUGAGGGCUGGGAAAUGGUUUAUGUUGAAUGACAGUGUAUUCUGCUUGAA